CGAACAUUCAAACGUGCAUUUAAAGGGACGCACGUGGCUUUCAUUAUCUUAACUUGCAUUCUCAGGAAUUAUCCACCAUGAUGAUGCAGAUGCAUAUUCUUACCGCCAUGAUAAGCACGUCUAUUUUCUUCAUUCUGGUGGCACUAGGAGACGAGACUCUCGAUAUCCCAACGAAAGUUUCACUACAUUCACCUUUUUGCACUUUCACACGACCGACAUUACGUUGUGAUUUUCGUGGGAAUGAACAGCCUGUCUUCUUGGAAUCAAACCCCUUUGUUGACAUGACCAGGAAUAGCAACUUGAUGGUGUUCCUCAGCAAUGCAAAGCUCCUCAUUCUGGACGGGCAUUUAUGCACCAAUAUGGUGUUGCGAAAUGUAGAACAGAUUAUAGUUAAGGACGGUGAUGACAAGGAGUCAUGUGCUCAUAAGAAACUGAGAAUCCAAAACGUUCACAUGAAUAGUCUGCCUCAUGGUCUCACAGAUAUAUAUAUGGAUAGUUCAACCCUUGAUGUCUUUCAUCUUGUGGGAACUAAAUUAAAAACACUUACCAUCAUCAACUGUAUCAUUCAUCAUAUUGAUGUAGAAACUGAUAUAACUCAAGGAACAAUUAAGGUACACUCAUCAAAAAUUGAUGUUAUAAGAAGACUACUUGUGAAUAACACAAAUCAGGUUCAGUUCUACAAGUCAGUGGUUAAUUACAUUCCUGAAGAUAGUUUUCAGCUUCGAUAUUGUUCAGUAGACCUCAGUGGGAGUGAGAUUACCCAUUACUCCAAUACUAGCAUCACCAUAUGUUAUCCAAAGGAUUUGUUGGAUGAAAAUUUUCAUGGUUAUUAUACUUGUUCAGAUCAUAAGGUAAUAGAUAGGUAGAUGCUCUAAGCCUAAAAACUUUGUGUUAACUAUUAUUAUUUACAUAGGGUGUCAUAUCAGUCACUGGUUAGAACAGAGAUCAAGAGACAAUCAUUAUUAUGGGUGUAGUGUAUAAAUACUGAAAAACCUGUAAGAUGUAAAUGAAUACAGUGAGGGAGGUGAAAUAGUAGUAUAUUCCAAAAUCCAAGGUGUUUUGUAGACUCCCAAGAAAUCUGAUGAGUGAUGAAUAGGAUUAAGGGCAAAAAUACAUACUACUGACAGAGCAAACCUCACCGAUGCCGUGUCCUGACACCACCAUGAGUUUAUUAAAAGCUUUUAAUGGGAAUGAAUGUACUUAUAAUUUGACAUUCAAGGUGAGGUCUUGAACUCAUUCAGUUUUCUAAUUGGUGAAGUUACAUUAUUAGAAAUCCUGUAAUAGGAGCAAAAAAUAUAUAGGUAAAUACAUGAGGAUGAGAACUCCUUGAGAAAUAAAUGGACUCUGCAUUAGAUAUAAUGAGUGACAAGUGUCAACACAACAUUAAAAACAUAAAGGAAAGAGUUGUUCUCAAGAAGCAAACUUUGAGGAAGUUGUUUCCCGCAGUCAUACAAUAUUUUAACUGUUACACUAAACUCAAGUAGGUUGCCACCUCCCCAUGCACUAGGAAUAGCCAGAUUGGCUCUAAUUCCCAAACCCUGAAUCAGUACUUCGAGUCCCUUAGCUCACUAAACUCUGGAGCCCAAUGGGUUAGUUUUGAUGUGUAAACAAAAUAAAUAAAAACAUAUCAAUAAAACGGAAAGUAAAA